GAUGGAUAUUAUCCCUGUGUAUGAGCACUAGGGGCGCCAUCUUGCUUUAGCCCAUCCACCUUCACUAUCAAUUAGUUAGGGCGGGGGGUGCUAGGAGUUGCAUGCCUGUGUGUGUGUGUGUACGUGUGUGUGUGAAGCAUUUCGGAUUGGAGAUGCAGAAAGAAAGGGCAGUUUCAAGGAAGUGACGGACGAGGCUCAGGGGACUGGUCAAAGGAAGUUUGCUUGAUGGUGGUACCGUGCUGCUGAACGAAACUUUCCCCCCUUGAGGAGCAGCGGCACCGUGGAUCGGGACGGACGGAUCCAGCGGCGGAGGGAGCUUUUGUUUCCUCGCCACACGAGUAGCACUGAGGAAUAACUUGAGAUCGGGAGAAGACUGGGAUCGCAGAAUAAUUUUAACUCCGGCAACCAAGCCCCCCUUUUUCUUCUCUUCCCCGCGCCUCCUCUGAUUUUUUCUGGGAUCCGCGAUGGGGAAGGAGCAGGAACUUCUGGAAGCGGCGCGCACGGGAAACCUGGCCGCCGUGGAGAAGCUUUUAUCCGGAAAGCGACAGUCCGCUGGCACUAGCAGCGGUUCGUCUGGGACCGGGGGAAGCGGCACCAGCAGCGGACACGGAGCCUCCUCUCAUACCCUCUCCAGUCUGCUCAGUAUCUGGAGAGGCCCCAAUGUGAAUUGUGUGGACAGCACUGGAUACUCCCCUCUCCACCACGCCGCUCUCAACGGACACAGCGAGGUGGUGGAGACGCUGCUACGAAACGAGGCCUUGACCAACAUCGCCGACAAUAAGGGCUGCUACCCACUCCACCUGGCUGCGUGGAAGGGGGAUGAACAUAUCGUCAAACUGCUCAUCCACCAAGGACCUUCACAUCCAAAACUCAACGAGCAGAACAAUGACAACGAGACGCCGCUGCACUGUGCCGCUCAGUACGGACACACCCGGGUGGUGCAGAUGCUGCUGGAGGAGCUGACGGACCCCACCAUGAGGAACAACAAGUUUGAGACCCCGCUGGACCUGGCUGCGCUGUACGGCCGUCUGGAGGUGGUGAAGCUGCUGCUCACUGCCCACCCCAACCUGCUCAGCUGUAACACCAAGAAACACACGCCGCUGCACCUGGCCUCCCGUAACGGACACCUGUCUGUGGUGGAGGUGCUGCUGGACGCCGGCAUGGACAUCAACUAUGAGACAGAGAAAGGCAGUGCCCUCCACGAAGCUGCAUUGUUUGGGAAGACAGAUGUGGUACAAAGACUUCUCAGUGCAGGUAUCGACGUGAACAUCACCGACCAGAAGGGCCUGACAGCGCUGGACACUGUCAAGGACAUGCCCUCCCAGAAGAGCAGACAGAUAGCUGCUCUCAUCCUAGGUCACAUGACUGGAAAACCCCCUGACAUUGACCUCCCCCCUCCACCAAUCCCUCCGCCUCAUGAGAGUCCCUGCCCCCGUAAAAAGAGUGAUAUGGACAAGGUGAGUGAGCUGAUCUCUAGGCUGGCCCCGGGGCCCGAGGAGGAGAGUCCGUACGAGGCUCUGUUUGAAGCCACUUCCUGUCACUCUCUGGACAGCCUCACCAGCGGCAAGUCUUCUGACCGGGACUCUGGGCGGCCGGACAGUGAAGCUGGCAAGAAAGAUCGCUUGGGCCACUCGUUACAUCCUGGUCCGGGUCAUGAAGAAGAGGCCCUGUAUACUAACAGCAGUAUUGAUGAGAGAGGCGAGCCGGUGGAGGAGGAUCACACGUAUGAGUUGCUGCUGACCGCUCAGACCAAACACGCAUCGCCCUGCCACGACUCCCAAUCCAAUAAAAAUGAGAACACCACUACACAAUCUUCCAACAGUGUCCUACCUCAGCGUAAACCCUCGGCCCCAAACGACCUCAGAGCCCAGAGCAAGACGAAAGACACCCUGCACCCUCCAGGACGGUCGAGCCCACGGACACCAGGAGAUAACUCCCAGCUCAGCGAGGAUCCGGAGGCAGGUGUCCUGGAGCAGUUCACUGGCCUCCUGCACGGAUCCUCUCCUGUGUUCGACAGCCGCGAGGAGCCCUUCAGACUUCCAGGUGUCGAGCCAUCCAACCAGAGCCAGCCAGAAUCAAAGAAAUCUGCCAAAGUAAAGGGGGAAGUAGCCGCGGCUUCACCGCCACCUAGCCGUCCCAGUAUGGCCGCCAUCCUGACAGACUGUGACCCCAAAGCAAUUUAUGCAACUGUGAAUAAGGAGCCCAGAGACUUCGGGGCAGGGUCUUCUGUUAGGAUGCGCCCCCCCGGGGACCUGAAGCUGGCACGCAGCCUCUCCAAGUCGGACUCGGACCUGCUCGUAUCGCCCCCUAGUGAGGAGGACGGAGGAUUGGGAAACCGCAGCGAGUCGGUUUCUAACUGUAGCACUGGCAAAAAGAGGCUCGAGAAAUCUCCCUCUUUCACCUCAGAAUGGGACGAGCAGAAACCUACGACUUCUUCCACCACCAAACACAGAAGAUCUAAUUCUGUUGACAGCAUCGAGAAGAUCAUGACACUGAUUGGUGCUGGCAUCGAUUUUUCCAGGGAUCAGCAAUAUGCUACACCAGGUAGACCGGGGAGCAAUGUGAUGGAGGACCAGGACUUGAGAGAGAUUGGGAUCACAGACCCGAGCCACAGGAAGAAGAUCCUGCACGCGGCACGGUCAUUACCUAAAGUGAAAGCUCUGGGCUGUGACGGCAGCGGCUCCAUCUCCUCCUGGCUGGAGAACAUGGGUCUGCACGAGUACUUACACAACUUCCUGACCAGCGGCUACCGCACUCUGGACUGUGUCAAAAACCUGUGGGAGCUGGAGAUCGUCAAUGUGCUAAAGAUCUCCCUACUUGGUCACAGAAAACGCAUCAUUGCUUCGUUAGCGGAGAGGCCGUACGAGGAACCUCCAGUCAAGCCUCCCCGUUUGUCUCAGAUCAGGUGCCAAGACCUGCCCGGAUCCUCCUCCCCCCUCAGUCAGGCGGACCCCUACACAGGACGCUCGAUGGACCCUCUGCUGCCUGUAGGAGAGCCUGGGAGGAAAAAAGUGCCAGAAAGUGACUACGACUCCCAAAGAUAUCAGAGCGAUCGACACCGAUCACAUGAUCGGUAUGAUGAGCGGCUUCGAGAGCCCCGUCUGACCCUGCGGCCGCCGAGCCUGGCCACCCCGUACGCCCCGGUGCAGAACUGGCACCACCAACCUGAGAAACUCAUCUUUGAGUCCUGCGCUUACGAAGCCAGUUACCUCGGCUCCAUGCUUAUUAAGGAGCUACGGGGUACAGAGUCCACGCAGGAUGCCUGUGCCAAAAUGAGGAGGUCGACAGAACAAAUGAGAAAAGUCCCCACCAUCGUCCUGUCCAUCACUUAUAAGGGUGUGAAGUUCAUUGAUGCAGCCAAUAAGAACAUCAUCGCAGAGCAUGAGAUCCGGAAUAUUUCAUGUGCAGCCCAGGACCCUGAGGACUUGUGCACGUUUGCCUACAUCACCAAGGACCUGCAGACCAACCACCACUACUGCCAUGUGUUCAGCACAGUCGACGUGAAUCUGACCUAUGAGAUCAUCCUGACGCUGGGCCAGGCGUUCGAGGUGGCCUAUCAGCUGGCUCUGCAGGCCCAGAGGACCAAACAGCCCCAGAGCCUCCCCGUGGGCCCCGGCUCAGAGCUCAUCGAGACCAAGUCCAGCCGACCUGUACCAAAACCACGAGGCAACGCACGGAAGUCGGGAGGGGACAUCGCAGAGCAGGAGGGGGAUUCUCACUCCCAGGGCAGCGCCACGUGGCUCGUGGACCCCAAGGAAUCCAAGCGCACUAUCAGCACUAACUGAACACUGUGGCCACUCCCAGCCAAUAAGAAAGGACAGGCAUGAGCCCUGUUGCAUUGUGGGUAGGAUGUUUUGGUGGAAAAAUGACCCACUCCCCAUGCGGCAGAAUCACAUCACCACUUGGAAUCGAGCUCAGCACUGUAACACACGGCCUGGAGACACACAGACGUAAACACUGCAGAUCAGCUGACAUCCCCGACUUCAUCACACACACACACACACACACACACACACACACACACACACACACACACACACACACACACACACACACACUCUCUCACACACCAUUUAUCUCAAUCGGAAAGUGAUGGAGUCAGAUGUUAGUGUUGCUUUUUGCAUUACCUGAGAGAUUAAUUGAGGGUUGAUGUUCUCUCUUUGAGGAAAUGUACCUGCUGCAAUGUCACAAUGCAGAACUGGUUGUAAAAGGGGAAGUGGCAGAGAUCGGGAACAUUGUCCUGUGUUGUGAAAGAAAGGUACUAACUACCAGACAGACACCUCACUCUGACGGAACACAGUCCUUCCUGGGUAAUUUGUAUUUGUCCACACAUUGUAGCGUCUUUUUAUGACUGUCAUCCACACAUACAUGUAUAACUGUGAUAAACAAUGUAAUCUUGCACGGGAGGAACUCUAACCAAACUCAAAGGGCAGAGGAACUGACACUACAAAGACUGUUUUAUAAUAAUAAUAUAACGGGGUGGCUUUUAUAUGAUUUGAACGUUUUUCUGUAUGUUUUAAUUGUUUUAGAGGACUAUAAUAUGUCCUAAUGCUGGAACUGGAUCGGCUGUGGUUCACUGCUGCUCCCUCUCUCCUUCCCUGCUCCUUUGUUCAGUUAAUCCAGACAAGAUUAAUCACCAAACCUGCCAUGCAGCCUGGUAUGUCUUCAGUUUUAAGAUGCAGAAAAGAACAAUAGGGAACAGCAUGUUUCUCCUAGCUCUCUCCCAGUGUGUUGACUGUUAAUCGUACUUUUUGUUCAGCAGAUAAAUAUAUGGGUACAUGGCCUGGUCCUUCUUGAUUUAACUGUUGUAUAUGUGGUACGUUGUCAGGCCAGUACGAUAACUCUAUGGUACUCUACUGUCUUCAGCUCGCUGGUGUCGGCACCUUCGGCCAUCAGCCUGGUCCCGUUCUGCUUUUGCACAUUGUUUAGGAUCAGGAGAGAUAUUUCGGGACUAAUCUGAUGACAACAAUGAUGAGAAUGAUAUUGUAAAUGAGUUCUAGCGGUCUGUAUUUUGAUACUUGAAUGAUUUUUGCUUUUAUAGAUAUCUAUAUAUAUGUGUAUAUGUAUGUAUGUAAUUUUUGACGUUUGUCAAAAGAGAGAAAAGGACUAUGUCUUAUAAAGUUAAACAUAUCGUGAAUAAAUACCCUGUGAUUUAAGAAAAAAAAAAGGCUGAGAAAACAAAGACUCAGAAGAGGGACCUCACUUCAGAAAAAAAAGAUUGUAAAUAAUCUCGGGCUUCCAGUCUUUUUUAUGAUUAUUUUUCAUAAUUGUACAACUAAUAAAUGGCGAAAUUA